AUGCAGCUAUUCUUACAUCGGUCGGUGCGGCGUCUGCCCCUAGCAGGAGACGCCGCUCUAGCAGGGGCAAGGGGGGCCAUGGCACUGGAGGAAGCGAGCGGGGGCGGUGGAGGUGGAGGUGGAGGCGGCGGGGGGAGAGGGGGUGGCGGUGGGAGUGGAGGUGGGGGUGGAGGUGUCGGUGGCUGCAGUGGAGGCGGAGGCGGCGGCGGCGGUGGCGGUGGAGGAGGCGGCGGAGGCGGCGGUAGUAGCAGAGGCGGCGGAGGCGGCGGAGGCGGCGGGGGUGGCGGUGGAGGUGGUCGCAGGUCUACGCAGAGGAGUGGCUCCGGUUGUGGUCCGCGCUAG